UCUCUCUCUGCAAAUCCGCGGCCAAAGAUUUUCAUCUUAUUUUUCCUUUCAAAUUUCGAAAAUUUGUGGAAGAACUAGCUUCCGUCCAAUCCGUGCCAACGAUUCUUCGCCAUGUCUAUGACUACAGUCAAAGUUAGCAAUGUUUCUCUAGGAGCGACGGAUCGGGACCUCAAGGAAUUCUUUUCCUUCUCUGGUGAUAUUGUUUACCUCGAGACACAGAGCGAGAGUGAACGAUCUAAGGUGGCAUAUGUCACCUUCAACGAUCUACAAGGAGCUGAGACUGCAGUUCUCCUUUCGGGAGCAACCAUUGUUGAUUCUCCAGUUGCGGUAACUAUGGCCCCGGAUUAUCAGCUACCUCCUGAUGCUUUAGCUACCUCUGAAGCAAAAGACCAAAAAUCUCCGGGGGCAGCUGAAUCUGCACUGAGAAAGGCGGAAGACGUGGUAAGCAGCAUGCUUGCAAAGGGCUUUGUUCUGGGCAAAGACGCUGUAGCUAAAGCAAAGAACUUAGACGAGAAGCACCAGCUGACAUCAACUGCCUCAGCCAAAGUUGCGUCCCUAGACAAGAAAAUCGGGUUCACUGAGAAGAUAAACGCGGGAACAGCUGUUGUGAGCGACAAGGUAAGAGAAGUCGACCAGAAAUUCCAGGUGACGGAGAAAACAAAAUCGGCAAUAGCGGCGGCGGAGCAGACAGUGAGCAAUGCAGGGUCGGCCAUAAUGAAGAACAGGUAUGUACUGACAGGGGCGACAUGGGUGACAGGGGCUUUCAGCAAAGUGGCUAAAGCAGCGGAGGAGGUCGGGCAGAAGGCGAAAGAGAAGGCGGGAAUGGCUGAGGAAGAGGAUAAGAGGAAAGUGGUCGAUGAUUUCGCCAGAGUUCAUCUCGCAGAAGAAUCCGACCACAAAUCAGAUUCGACAAAUCCUCCUAAAGAAAAGAUAGAACAUCAAGAGCGGCUGCCUCCUCAGCCUGCGGCGGCUCCAUCUCAACCGUGAGACCUGUAAGUUUUUAAGAGUUGUCACAAUUGUCGGGAUGUUUGAAAAAUUAAGACAGACUUUAGGACAAAGUUUAUUUUAUAUAUAUAUAUACACAUAUUUAUAUUCUUGCAUCAUCGGAUUUCAUGUGGAUUCGCCUUUA